AUGAUGGACGAGAAAAGUGAACGUCUACAACUUCAGCCCGUUUCUGAGCCAGUAACGCCGCGCCGAGAGGUUGAUAACGAUGCCAAUACCGAUAAUGGCCGACGGAUGCAAGACACUGGGGAAACAGAGGAGACGGACUAUGAUCCACAUGAUCAUCGAGAACUCGAAAACCCAACUAACAAUAUGGAGACGUUGGUGCAUCUGCUCAAAUGCAGUCUUGGCACCGGUAUCCUCGCGAUGCCGCAAGCGUUCGCCCGCGCCGGUCUGAUCACAGGAAUUUUGGGAACAAUAUUGGGAGGCAUACUCGUUACUCACUGUUUGAAAGUAUUGCUACGCUCGCAGUAUGAGGCCUGUCGCGCGCGCCGUGUGCCUCUACUGGCAUACCCACAAGCAGCGGCGGCGGCGCUGUCCCACGGCCCGGGGUUCCUGCGUCGCCUUUCGAAACCCGCCCCUGCCCUUGUUGAUGCCUUCCUCGUCCUAUAUCAGCUCGGCAUCUGUUGUGUUUACAUCGUUUUUAUCUCUGAUAACCUUAAAAAGGUGGUCGACCCGAUACGAGAGCUGCCAGUGGAGGUGUACACAGGUGCAUUGCUUUUACCACUGGUCGCCUUCAACCUGAUUCCAAGUCUUAAGCUGCUCGCGCCCUUCUCAGCGCUCGCAAAUGUUUUAAUCUUCCUGGGACUUGGCAUUACUCUCUACUUUCUCCUCUCGGGCGAGCGUUCUACGGAGCCACUGGACCUCUGGGGCUCUGCAGCUACAUUUCCACUUUUCUUUGGAACCAUUCUCUUCGCGCUCACUGCUGUCGGCGUUGUGAUAGCAGUAGAAAACAAUAUGAAGACGCCGAAAGCCUUUCUGAAGCCAUGUGGUGUGCUUAAUACUGGCAUGUUCAUCAUCGUGGUGCUCUACGUAGCCAUUGGUGCGGUUGGCUACACCUACUGCGUUUCCAAAUGCAGUGACUCUAUCACUCUUGAUCUACCAAAAGGCCCGCUUGCGGCCAGCGUGAUGAUUAUGUUUGCGGUGGCUAUCUUCAUCAGCUACGGUCUCCACUGCUACGUGCCAGUGGAAGUAGUGUGGAAGGGAUACCUUCUACCGCGGCUGCAACAAAACGGAAGUCAGCGUAUUCGGCUUUGGGAGUAUGGCUUGCGAGUAGUGCUUUGCCUAUUGACCUUUGUGCUUGCCGUAUCAGUGCCGCGUCUGGGGCUUUUCAUCUCACUCUUCGGUGCGUUGUGUUUGUCGGCGUUGGGCAUUUGCUUCCCUGCCCUGAUGGAGGCAUGCCAGUGGUACCCGAAGCGGGCGAGCGUGCAAAGAUCCCUGAUGUUCCUUAAGGAUGCUUUUCUAUUCGUGGUCGGUUUGGUUGGCUUAGUGGCCGGCACGUACACUGCCCUUGUCAGUAUCGUGCGCUCUUUUGGCCCGGCCCCGACCGAUUGA